CGUAAUAAAUAUGGCUGCCACGCUGUCGUUUCGUUGGCUAGAAAUUUUAGAGAAAGAAUUUGACAAAGCUUUUGUCGAUUUAGAUCUCCUUUUGGGAGAAAUUGAUCCAGAUCAAUGUGAACUUACAUUUGAAGGGCGUCAGAAAAUGACGGCCCUGAGUGCAGCGUUUGCACAGUUAUGUCACAAAGCACAGACUGUUUUUCAAUGCAAUGCCAAACUGGAGGCUCAACUAGUUGAUAUGAGAUCUGAUAUAGUAGAAAUACAGAGUGCCAAGGCAGUGGUAGAAAAAGAACUCCAUAACAUGCUUUUACAACUGCAUGCAUCUCAACUACAGUUUCACUCAUCUAAAGGAAUAGAUGUAGAUUCUAAUGAUAUUAAAAAGAAAUUGGAAGCUGAAAUGGAAACAAGAAAAGAGGGUUCAAUGGGUGUAGCUAGAGUAGAUUCAGAAAUUAAAGAAUUAAGAAAAGAAAACCAUGAAUUACGUCAAUAUAUCUUAGCUUUACAGAGUGAGGUGUACGGAGCACGAUUAGCUGCCAAGUAUCUUGAUAAAGAACUCGCUGGGAGAAUUCAACAAAUUCAGUUAUUAGGACGUGAUAUGAGAGGGGCUGAACAUGAUAAGCUAUGGAAUCAGUUAGAAGCAGAAAUACAUCUUCAUCGUCACAAAACAGUUAUACGGGCAUGCCGAGGACGGAAACAUCACAAGAAAAAACUCCCUGUUCCUCCAGAUCAUGAUUUUCAAACUUUAAAAAGAAGGCAUGGUCUAGGAGAUUUAAGGAAAGUAAAAAUAAUGAAGGGACCAGAGGAAGGUCUUGGGAUGUCAAUAACAGGUGGUAAAGAGCAUGGUGUACCAAUAUUGAUAUCUGAAAUCCAUGAAGGUCAGCCAGCAGAUAGAUGUGGUGCUUUGUUUGUAGGAGAUGCCAUUUUAACUGUUAAUAAUAUAGAUCUUAGAAAUGCUAAACAUGCUGAAGCUGUUCACAUACUUUCAAAACAGCAAGGUGAAAUCAACAUGGAUGUAAUGUUUGUUGCACCAGAUGAAGAUAGUGAAGACGAAAAUCAGGAAUAUGAAGAUGAAUAUGGCUUUAGAUAUAGAAUAUAUGAUGAUGAAGUGAUUUGUGAUACAAGUGAUAAUCGACUAGAAAAUCCUGUUAGAAGAAAUGGACCGCUUAGGAUAGGAGCUUCAAAUGGCAUGGACGUACCAACAGCAUCUCAUCCUAUAGAUCCUUUAGCUGCCAGUGCCGCCCAGAAAUCCCUAACAGAACCAGGACCCAUGGGAGACUCCAAUUCACCAAGUAACAGAAUGUCAGGACAGGCCUCUUCAACCACACCUCCAAGAGUUGCUGUAGGAUCUUUACAGCCAAAUAAUAUUCAACAUAACGCUUCAACAGGUGACACACCCACUUUUAGUGGCAACUAUCAGUAGUUUAUCCUACUUUCUUUGAUUUUUUACAUAAAGAAUCGUUUUAUUUUCGAAAAGAUAUUUGACUACAAAUAGUGGGAUAAAGUUUAAAGAUUAGCAUAUGAACAAGAACAGAACAAGUUUUGGUUCAUUUUCUUUUAUUUUUGAGGUUAUUUUGUUUUGUCAGUUGUUACAUUUUGUCUGACAAUCAGAUUUGAUGGAUUGAGUGGUAGAUGCCAUAGAUGUAGGUGUCAGAUUUCAUUGUGGUGAGGGUAUGAGGAAAAAGGAGAGAAAGGUUUUUUGACUUAAAACUAUAAAAUUGAAAUGGCUGAAUAACCAUAAUUAGGUGAUAUAUUUUUUUGGAACUGAGAGGUUUAGACAAGUCUAUCUGUUUGAUCAUGAGACUAGUGUGUUGCAAGUGGUUAUGGGGCUUUAUUCACAAAAUUGUAAACUAAAAUAUUUGAAGAAUACUGCCUUUUCAUUGGCUGAAAGCUCAUAUUUGCACUAUGAUUCUAAUUGUCAGCCAUUGAAAAUGUGGAAUUCUUCAAAUAUUUUACUUUUAAGAUUUGUGAAAGAUUUAACCACAACCAGUACUGCAUCAGAUUUCUUGGAGUUACUUGUUGUGAAAGUCCACCUUUAAAUUUUCUGUCCAAAGGAAUUGUGGUGGUUGUGGCUUGGUUGCUCUUGGUAGACAUUCUCCUUCAUACAUUGAAUUGAAACUUAGUGUGGUCAUAUUUUUAUAAUUUGAUAUGAUGAUCAAAUAACACACUUUUCAUGAUAUAACAAUUACAAUGUAUUUGCCGUUUCUGAAAUAAGUCUAUACUGUCCAUAUACAUUUUGUAUAAUAUAUUAUUCCAUGAAGUUGACUGAUACAAUAUAGAAUAUAAAACUAAAUAUAUUUAUAGUUGCCAUUGAAAUAAGUCUAAACUGUCAAUACACAUUUUGUAUACUAAAUUUUAAUUUGAAGUUAAAAAUUGGACGAGAUAUUUUUUCAUAUUUUACUUUAAACAAAAUAUUGAAGUACAAGUAGAACUAUGUAUUUUAAAUAUGAACCUUAGUUAUUGUAUAAUAUACAUAUAGAUGACACUAUAAUACAUCAAAUUGUCUGGUUACCCUAAUUGAUAGAUAAUACCAUCUUUUUAAUUAUAGAAAGAAUUAAAAGUAAUAAUUAAGGGAUAUUAUUUCAAAUAUGAUACUUUAGGAAUCUGAAUGUUUAUGACAGUGUAAUCAUUGUAAAGUGAUUGUAAAUAUAUAUACAGUUAUAUAUCUACAUCGUUACAAUUAUAUUGGGUCAUAUGCAACGAUUUAACUUUACCUGAAGUCCUACCAUAGCAAAUUUUAAUGGUUUUUGUAAAUUAUAUUCUGUUAUUUUUAUAAAGUACAAAUUAUAAAGUAGGUAAAGUUGGAGCAAUAAACAGGCCUAUUUGAGUUUUAUCGGGUAGAGAAAUGGUUAAAGUAGCAAUUUAUAAAAACAAAUCAUGUUCUGUCUUUGCAUGGAUUUAAAACAUACUAUAUUAUGGACAUGUACAAACUUAAUUAAUCUUAUGACAACAAAUUAGUCUGGCUUGCAUAGAUCAUUGCCACUUUAAUGCUCCCUUUUUUCGUGUUUUGUAUUUGUGGAUUGUCUCCCUUGUUGUGAGUUAGUUUUCUUUUUUGUAAUGAAGCCUAUAUCACUGCAGGACCCAGGACCGAUUUGCACAAUACACAACUGGCCACUAUUCUAUUGAUUUAAUAGUAUUUUUAUUGUUUAUUACUUUGCAAUGUCAGUUUGUGACUUGUCUUGUAUUCUGGGUUUCUGUUUGUUUAUAUGUGGUGCAGUUCUUUGGCACUUACUUUUAAAGGGACCAAUUCUAUCAGAUUGUAUGUGCUUGACAAUUCAUAAUUUGUUUUUUGAUUAAUUCAAUAAAGUUAUGUUACCUUGUGAGACAAGAGGGCACACUUAUUGUUAUAUUUUGUUUGUUGUUCCAAACUUUUUAUUAAGCUCUAUUUAACAUAAUUACAUAUUUUCAAGACCAUUUAUAUGUUGUUCAGUAAUUUGAUAUACAGUGAAAGAAUUUAACGCCAGACAUCCCAGUGACAUCCCAAUAUCCAUCGGUCAUUCUCUACAAACCCAUGGCUUAUCCCAUUUGUUUCAUCAAACAGGUACGUUCGUACUGUGAUCCAGGAACUGAGUAUGGCUUGUGAUGUCAUAUUAAAACUCGAGGCUGUCAAUUAAUGCUCAGUUGUCUAAUGAACACUCAUGCCAACUGUUAUGUCGGUUAUACAUAAAUUGAUUGAGCCUUUGAUCCCAGAAAAAGCUCAGUUAAUUAGUUGUAACAUGAAUUUUAACCUUAAAACUUUUUUUAGAAGUGUUAAACCUUUUCAAAAUAGACUUUGAUGAAGAUACCUGCAACAGUCAAAAUAUAUAUUUAUGGGAAAUAAAGUUGUUAUUUUACUGCAAUCAAUAACAUGUUGAUUUUAAAUUCUUUCACUGUUGAUUAUAUUUAUAUUGAAUUGUCCUCUCAUUAUUAUGUUUACUUGUCUAAUUAUGUGUGAAUGAUGAAACUUAGUGUAUAUAUAUAAUUUCAUGACAUCAGUUUCUUGACUAAGUUUGAUUAUAAGCAUUUCCUGCUCAUGAUAAGCAAUUUGAUUGCUUGAUGCAAGCAUUGAGGAGUGUCACCCCAUUAUUUUGAAAUUGAGUUGGUGGAAAUCGGCCUCCAUGUUGGCUUGUUUUUACAUGUCCAAUACUUGGCACUCAAUGAAUAUUUCGUGUUUCUAUUUGUUUAUAUUUUAUAAUCAGUAUUCCAUAAUUAAUUCUCAUAUUUCAUAUCUUUCAUUUUCCCAUCAAUUUCAAAUACAUUUAUUUCAUUUGAAGAGAAUCUCUUAUAUUCUUUAUUGCUGUGGUGUAACAUUAUUUUUUUUCACAUCAAAGAUUAUAUAUUUAAUCCUAGUGCUAGAAUAAAUUUGAGAUCAGAUGUAUUCUGUCCAAAGUCUAAUCCAAUAUAUAAUAUCACUAUAUUGAAAAUUUUACAUUAUAAACACAUGUUAUAAGUUAUGGUAUGAGUUAUUUUUCUGUCAUUGUGGUUCAUUGAGUAUGGCACUGGCUCACUAACCAUAUCUCUUAUAUUCGAUCACGGUGUUGGUCAAAAAAGUUCCUCAGGAUUUUCAAGCCUGGUAUCCCCUGGAUGACCUAGCAAGAAAAAGUGUUUAGUCAUUCAGAUGGUACAAAAACUGAGGUCCUGUGUACAAAUUAGUAGUAUAUGCAAUAGAUCCCUUGGUGGUAUGAAUUGAAAGUAAGAUUGGGUUAGAGUGCCACUGUAUGGGCAAAAUUUCCCUUAUAGCACACUACAUGGUGUAUGCAAAUUUUCAUUCGCUCAUUCUGAAAACUAAGAUGUUAAACCCCAUUUCAUUUCAUUUUAUUUUACAUUCUGUCAAAUAUUUUGAAAUGUAAUAAUGUAGAAGAUUCUAUAAACAAAUGUUGAAUAAGUUUGUACUUACAUAGAUUAAAGCCACACCAAUUUGAAGUUUUAUACGUUCACAUUUUUAUGUGGACGUAUUAUGCCAUCGCCCCUGUCUGUCCGUCCACAAUUUUUUUGUGGACACUCUAGGACUACAGGUCACAAUUUUCAUCUGAUUUUGAUGAAACUUGAAAUGCAUGUUUAUAACCCCAAAGAUCUUGGUUACUUUUGAUAUUGGCAUGUAUCGGACGAUAACUUCAUGGAUUAUGGCCCUUGAUUGUACGAAAAAUCACAUUUUUAGCUUGUGGACACUCUAGAUGUCACAAUUUUCAUCGGAUUUUGAUGUAACUUGAAAUGCAUGUUUAUAACCCCAAAGAUCUUGGUUCCUUUCGAUAUUCACGCAUAUCGGAUCGUAACUUCCUAAAUUAUGGCUCCAGAUUGUACGAAAAAUCACGUUUUUAGCUUGUGGUCCCUCUUGCAUGGCAACCACUUGUUGUUCUUCAGGAACACCUAUUGCAUAUGUGCUGCUCAUUCUUGGGUAAAACGAUAAUGAAAAAACGAAAAUACUUUAUUGUUUUACUCUAAACCUUUUAGUUCAAAUAAUUAAGUUUUGAUUUUUAAACAAAAUGUUGUUAAUGAACUUGUGUGGCCUAUUUGUUUAUCAAGACCCUGAAGAAUGAAUAAUUAAAUUGCUAUGGCCUAAGGUGAUGAUUAUUCACCCUCACAAUGCUGAACUAGACAUAUCUAGAGCCUUUAUAAAUAUUCAUGAGGAAAGAUGUAGUGAACAAACAAAUAUUAUUCAAAACAUCUCAGUUGGUGAUGCAUUAAAAAUACAUUAUGUAAGAUUUAGAUAAAGAGAUGGUCUUUCUUGCUAUAAUAGUUUAAAAAUAGAAAAUAUUGAAAGUUAAUCAAAUUACUUUAUUCUGACUCUUAGCAAAGUUUUCAGUGUUUAAAGUUUUGAUAAGAUAGUCUUGGUUGUCAAGUACCUGUGCUACGAUAGAUAAUAAACAAAGUUUGAUUAUCCAUUUUAUCCUUAAAUUAUUUAAAGUAGCCAAGUCUCUAACUCAAUAUCAUCCGAAGUCUUCGACAUUGAAAACACGAAUUAUUUGAAAAUUUAAAUCAACUUUGAUGUUGUGAUCUUGACUGGAAAAGGUGGGCUUCUGAUAUCCCAUAUUUAAGACAAAAUAAACAUUUUACCAUUGGUACUCGAAUCAUGUACCAUGAUGCGUUUCAGCGUCAUUUGUAACAAGGGACUCGAAGAACGAGGCUAGACAUAUUCCACAAGUCGUGUCUAACGGUGAAGCCAUAAUUCUUAUCUAGAGAGCAUGCAAUACUAUCGGUGUUGACUGGAAUAGACGCUAGAGCUUGCGAUUGAGACUUCUGGCAUAUUUCGCUGAACAUAAAUGAUUUGAAAUUAAAGUAAAAAACGGAAACGAUUGAAUGUAAAUCAGUUUAUAUACAUUCAUAUUAUAUUAUAUGCAUUGCAACCCAUUUGUGUCAAUUUCUAUGUCCCAAAUAUUAGCAAUUUAACUCCUUUAAUGUCGAGAGGGUUCUAACUUCUAAUCCAUUCAUUAUCUAAGCCAUCUGAUGAUCCAGAGAGUUGAUUAUAGGCUUGUCAUGUGAAUAAAUGUCUAAAUAAUAAUUUAUUUAUAACAUUUGAAGCCAGAAAGAAGAUCUACAAUAGGAAGAUUUAGCUCUUACAUAAUGCAUUCUUGAGAGAGGUAGGAUGGGUUACCGAAAAUGAUAAAUUGUAUACUAUUGAUAAAACAAUAUACCAUAAGUGUGCUAUUAUUAGAUGUAAACAUCAGUAGGUUUUGUGAACAUGAUUUUAAGUUAUUUUACUUGUGCCUUGAAACAAAAUGUAUGUAUUUAAUUUGUCUUAAAGACAUGAAAUUUGUAUAAAGGAGGUAUUUAUUGUUUGUGCAUGUUAUUGAUGAUUUCUGUACUUCUUCAGUUGGGUAAUAUGUGUGUUUUGUUUGUAUUCCAUUAGUAUUUAAAUUUUUUGUAAAAAAAACAAAUUAACAAUAUUUAUUCUAAAAAUGUCUAGUUUGUAUUCGGAGUACAUGCUAUUAUAGACAGUGCUAUAAAUUAGACUCUUCUUUUAUCCAAGAUACUAACAAAGAGAUGAUGGAACUUGAAAUGAUUUAAAUUGUUACUUGUUUAUUUUGAAUAACAUUAAUAAGUUACUGAUAGGUAUAUAACUACAGUAAUAAACCACUAAGAAAUAAACUACAAUAUUGCAUACCUGUUGAUUUUAAGAUAUAUAAUUAUGGUAUAUAUAUAUGUAUGUGUUAUAUUUAUUCCAUUGAAGUGCAAUGAUUUUGUAUAGAUAUUAUGUUAUGUAAAUAUAUCACUCAUAACCACUGGUUGUAAAUAUAUAAGAUCUAUCAUAUGUCAAUUGUCAUUAUGAAAUAUGGAAUUAACAUUGAUUGAAUAAAUCAUUAAAAUGGGAAAAAUA